AAGUCAGAAUUUGACUCUGCAGGGCCGAAGACAAAUGUAUAGUCAGAGAGAGCCAGCGAGCGAGCGAUAGCUUCGUCGUCUACGCUCGAGUUUCGCGUUGCGAAUCUGCGAGAGCUGCUUGUGUAUCGAAACGAUUCUGAUUGAACUUGAUCUCUAGCCGAAUCAGAUUGCGAGUUGCGUAGAGACAAGAACAAGAGCAAUGGCUGUAGUUGCUUCUGCUCCUGGGAAGGUAUUGAUUACUGGGGGAUAUCUUAUUUUAGAAAGACCGAAUGCAGGAAUUGUACUAAGUACAAAUGCCCGAUUCUAUGCGAUUGUGAAACCACUUCAUGAAGAAAUUAUGCCUGACAGCUGGGCUUGGGUUUGGACAGAUGUGAAGUUGACAUCUCCUCAGCUCUCAAGAGAAAGUAUGUAUAAGUUGUCACUGAAAAAUUUGAUGCUUCAGUCCGUCUCCUCAAGUGAAUCGGGAAACCCUUUUGUGGAACAAGCAGUGCGAUAUGCUUUAGCAGCUGCGCAUGCAACAUUUGACAAAAAUAAGAAGGAUGCCUUGCAUAAACUACUCUGUCAAGGUGUUGAUAUCACGGUCUUAGGUAGCAAUGACUUCUAUUCGUAUCGCAAUCAGAUUGAAUCGCGUGGACUGCCUUUGACACCCGAAGCACUAGCAACGCUUCCUCCUUUCACAUCAAUAACUUUCAACACAGAUGAUUCUAAUGAAGGAAAUUGCAAGCCUGAGGUUGCAAAAACUGGAUUGGGUUCAUCUGCAGCAAUGACAACUGCCGUUGUUGCUGCAUUACUUCAGUAUCUCGGAGUGGUUGAUCUGUCCUCUUUGUCUGAAGAACAACACAAAGAUACAAAUGAUUCUCGGGAUCUUGAUUUAGUACAUAUAAUAGCUCAAAGCGCCCACUGUAUUGCACAAGGGAAAGUUGGCAGUGGGUUUGAUGUCAGUUCUGCGGUUUAUGGAAGUCAGCGUUAUGUUCGGUUUUCACCGGAAGUGCUUUCUACUGCUCAGAAUGCAGCAAAAGUAUUACCAUUACAGGAAGUCAUUCUUGACAUCCUAAAAGGAAAAUGGGACCAUGAAAGGACUAAGUUUUCCUUACCGCCAUUGAUGACUCUUCUACUAGGGGAACCUGGAACUGGUGGAUCAUCCACACCAUCAAUGGUGGGUUCUGUGAAAAAGUGGCAAAAGUCUGAUCCUCAGAAAUCACACGAAAUAUGGAGAAAAUUGUCAGAGGCCAAUUUUGCACUUGAAACACAACUUAACAUGCUAAGCAGACUUGCUGAGGAAUGUUGGGAUGUGUAUAAACAUGUCAUAAGAACCUGCAGCAGGCUUAGGCCUGAGAAGUGGGUGGAGGUUGCCAAAGAGCCGAACCAAGAAGCAAUUAUUAAAGCAUUGUUAGGAGCAAGAGGUGCUAUGCUUGAUAUCAGAAACUAUAUGCGCCAGAUGGGUGAGGCUGCUGGUAUUCCGAUAGAACCCAAUUCGCAAACCGACCUUUUGGAUGCUACAAUGAACAUGGAUGGAGUUCUGUUGGCUGGAGUUCCUGGAGCAGGUGGUUUUGAUGCGGUAUUCACUGUUGCCUUGGGGGAUUCUAGCAUCAAUGUGGCGGAAGUUUGGAGUUCUCGCAAUGUUCUCGCGUUGUUAGUCAGAGAAGAUCCUAAUGGUGUAUCUUUAGAAAGUGGUGAUCCACGAAUCCAGGAAGUUUCAUCAGCAAUUUCUUCAGUUCAUAUUGAGUAAACAUAUUUGCUAUUGUAUUUCACGUAUUCUCACACCAUCACAAGAUUCGUUGGUGGAUACGAUUUGGUAGUUAAACUCUGUUUGGUCUGGGGACCAAUUGAGUUGGAAAUGUUGUUGUUUUUUUCUAUGCUGGGUAAGAUGAGAAACCUUGACUAAACAUUGGAAGCAGGAUUUGUACCUUCUGUAAUUUCUCACAACAGUCUGCAAUAAAGGUAUGUUUUCACAGUUCA